GUGGAAGCGAAUCUAUCUCCUGCAGCUUUUGGCAAACCGCGUCUGAUUCCAAGAGAAGGAAAUCAUGCAGCCCCCUCCCCAGACUGUCCCUCCGGGAACUGGCGGACCGCCUCCCGUAGGAGGAAUUCCUCGGAAUAGGUAUUGGUCUAGCAGCCCGUACAGCAGGCGGGCGAACACACCGGUGGCCCCGGCAGCCGGCCCCGUGCGGCCCGUGACAGACCCUUUUGCGUUUGGUCGGCAGGCUCCUCAAGGUACUCCGUUAGGCAAUCAAUCCAAAGGCAGCCCACCUGUUAUGCAAGGUCCCUCAGCGGUGUUCCCUCAACCGUCCAAUACGCAGGUGCCUCAACCACAUGCUGGGGAUAUUCCACUCGGACUGUACCCGUCCUUACCGGGACCCCUGUCCCAACCUGGAGUAAAUACCGAUUUGUUUACAAGUGCGUCAGCUCCUUCGGCUUUGUCGGGAUGGGCUCCGAAGAGCGGUGCAGAAAUCCGUCCCAACGCGGAACCCGGGCCGCGCAACCCAUCGGUCCCUUCGCAUUACAAUGCUGGACCAGGACUGGAAAAUUCUUAUGGCGGCCUCCCCCAGGGGAGCGUUCCUCCGCCCGGCGGGCCCCUCAGCAGACAGGAUCCAAGUGCUCCUUCCUCUGGGGUGCCCACAGCAUCGUCCUUCUUUCCCCCACCCCUUCAACAAACAGCGGCCCAGUGGAGGCCAGUCCAAGGAAGCCCACCGCCGUCGCUGCAUAAUUAUCCCCCCUUUGCAGAGCUGCCGUCUCACAGUACAGCUCCUCCGGCUCCUGGGAUGUCCCAUUUUCACCCGGGCGCAGGGCAUCCGCAAUAUGUCUCACCGGCGACAGUGUCAGGACCUCUGGGGGGUGGUGAAAAGAGAGAGCUGGCCAGCGACCACCACCCUGAAAAUAGGUUUAGCCAGACCCCAGGAGCGACGGCCCCUUGGGCGAGCCAGCCGUACCCGGAACAGUUUUACCCACCCCAGCACCUGGCAGACCCGUCCCUUGCUAAUCCCAUCGCUCAGGUAAAUAGCUCAGAGAACCAGCCUCAGUAUGGGACCGAGGCGGUAACGGGCUACGGACAGCCAGAGGCCCCUUCAGGGACCUUCUCGGUGUUUUUCGCAAGGGGAGAGGCCGAAAAUGAGGAAAACCUUUCUGUGGGAAAAGCCGAAAUAGCUGGGAAAUCUGAUUUUGGUGGCGGCUUUCCUCCCAGUUCGGGACCCGGCUACCCUCACCCUCCUCACCCGCCGCAGAGUGGAGCGGUUGGCCUUCCUCAGGCAGCUGUCGUUCAAGGUUCCCGCAGUGAAGACGUCCAGCGGGUCGUGGAUGCCCCGCCGUAUUUCUCUCAGCCUGCAAGCAACCAACAUGACACACCAACCACUAAAAGCACCGACUUCUACGCUGAUGACAAAUCAAGUGUCGGCGCAGCUCACGGGUCCCAGUUUGAAAAUGUCGAGAACUUGGAGUGCGUGCAGAAUCAGGAAGUCCUGCCAAGCGAACCCCCAAAUUUGCCCGCUUCCUCCCCGAAUGACCCAUACCGGUACGGCCCAGCCGCGGGGCAGCCGCUUCCGAAGCACGGCGUCGGGAGCCACGCCGAAGGAGGGUCCAACCUAGAGGCCCCCGACGCGCUCCCUCACUCUAUCCGUUCCGAGAGCGUGUCCUCCAACUACAGCAGUGUCAGUCAUCGAAGCGCGGCGAGUUCAGCAAGAGCCCAAGAGCUGGUGGGCACAUUUAUUCAGCAGGAAGUGGGAAAGCCCGACGAAGAGCUGUCGGGGAGCUUCUUUGAGCAGAUCGACUCAUCUCCUUUAGCGGGGGAGAUCUGCGAGCCAAGCAUACACAAAAGUUAUCACGGCAGUCUGUCCCAGCCUCCUACUCCAAGUCCCCCUAAACCUACGGGGGUAUUCCAGACUAGCGCCAACAGUUCUUUCGAACCGGUGAGAGCCCACGGAGUCGGGGUGAAACCUGUCGAGGCCGACCGAGCAAACGUCGUGGCGGAACUGAGGGAGAACCCCGUGACCCAGAAGAAUUCUAGGCCAAGUCCUGCGCUCCCGGCCGCCUCACCGGGCAACCUCGAACAGCCCCCAGACAACAUGGAAACGUUCUUCAUGCCCCACGGGCAUCCCCCGCCUCUGUCAGGGCCUGCCGACCCUGGGAGCCUACUUCCCCAUAUUGGGGGACCACCUUUGGAACAUACCCCCCUGGCAUCCGAAAAGAGAGCGUCCACUAGAUCUCACGCCAAGAAGUGUGAGAGUCCCGCCACCACUCUGUGGGCACAGAACGAACUGCCUAACUUUGGAGGAAGUGUCCUCCUCGCCCCCGCCGCCCCUGCACUUUACGUACCCCCCAAGACCCAGGCUUCUGAAGUCAUUCAGCCCCCCGAUGAGGGAUUAUCGCACCAGCAGCCCCGGAAACCGGGAUCCGUGCCCGUUCAGCCUCCGGCGGACGGCAGCAUGUCCUCCGAAAACCUCGAGAACCCUCCCAAGAUGGUGGAAGAGGAGGUCCCGCAGUCUCAGGCAAGUUCUGGUUACGCGAGUUUAUUGUCCUCGCCGCCCACAGAAUCUUUGCAGAAUCAACCGAUCUUGAUUGCCCAGCCUAAUCAAGGCUAUAAUCUGGCUCAGCCCAAGAAUUUUUCUGUGCCCUUACCUAAUCGGUUAAAUCCUCCCGAAAAUCAUCAGUCUCGAAAAGACCCUCCGGUUGCGGACAAAUCUACAUCAGGCGGUCACGUCCUCCGCAGAUCGGGAUCUGGAGAAAGUGCGCCUUUGUCAGGAUAUCCUAAUUUACCCGUACCUACCGGUUUGUCUAAAACUCCUUUUUCACAAGGCCCCGGUGCCUCUCUUGAAAUGGCCUCUAAUCAACCUGCCAAUCUGCUAGUGCAGCCUCCACUUAACCUUGUUCCGGAAGGUCAGAAGAAUCAGAACCCCGAAACCCCUCUUCCUGAAUAUGCCAGUAAACCGGUGGUUAAUUUACCUUCUUCUCCCGGGACACAUUUUCCUCCCGGAAACUCAGGUGUGAUGUUAGUUCCACCCGUGAACAGUACCUUGGUGCCCCAGAACAAUCCUGCAAAUCACUCCAGUAAUCGGGAAGAAAUCUCUGAAGCGCUCGAUUACGCGGUCACUCGGACAAUGGAAAAUCAGAUUAUAACUAAUUCGGUGCGUAAUCCAUCGCUUGCUGGCAGCCCAGCAUUUUCACAAAAAGCUGCUGCCACUCAUCACGCUGCUCUGUCUGGGCCAGAGCCACAUGACAAGGAGCCUUUCUAUCAACAGGUAACGAAAGAUCCACAGCAUCAGACGGCCCCAGACAGAACCCAGCAAGGGGUCCCGGCCCCUCAGCAGCAAAUAGCAGGCGCUCCAGGGCCCAAAGCGGUACCUUCUGGCCAGCCGUCGGACCCUUCCAAUCCCGGCAGUCAGCCUGGAAGUUCAGCCCCUCCGGCGGGUUACGGCCAGACAGCCGCCGGACGGCAACAGCUUCCGCCUGGGACCGGUGCUCCGGCUCCGGCCGUUGACGCCGGGCAGCCGUCGGGGCAGCAAGGACCGCCGGGGCCACCCGCGUCACAGACUCCUCAAAACGCCUUCGGUCCCCCGCAGAACCUGCCGCCUUACUAUUAUUACCGGCACCCUUACGAAGCCUAUCAGCCUCCGUAUCCACAGCCCUACCCCGCAGAUCCACGCCUCGCUCCCCAUCUUUACCAGGAGGAUGCAUACGGCCUGUACGACCCCCGCUAUAGACACUAUGAUAGCGGUGCAUCGUAUCCUGAGAGUUAUCGAUAUGCUGAACCAGAACGCCCUAGUUCCAGAGCUAGUCACAGCUCAGAAAGACCAUCUUCAAGACAGGGAUAUCCUGAGAGAUACUACAAUACCAAAGGAGGAUGGAGCAGCCAGAGUGAUUUCUAUGCAAAUUACUAUACCAGCCAGUAUGAUUAUGGAGAUCCAAGUCGCUGGGAACGUUAUCAGUAUGACCCCAGAUACCGGGAUCCCCGCUACGACCGCAGAUACUGGUACGAUUCCGAACAUGAUCCGUACAGGAAAGAGCCAUAUUAUGAUGACAGGCCUGAAAAAUACGAAGAUCACUGGCGGUACGAUCCUCGAUUUACUGGGAGUUUUGAUGAUGAACCUGAACCCCACAGAGAUCCCUACGGUGACGAGUUGGACAGGCGCAGCGUCCACAGUGAGCAUUCCGCCCACAGCCAACAGAGUUCCCACAGUCGUCGGAGUAGCUUCAGCUCUCGGUCUCAUCAGAGCCAGAUCUAUAGAAACCAUGAUGUGACUGCUAAUUCAUACGAUGCCACAGCUCAGCCAGGCUCCCAUCACGGAGACUACUCCUAUGGAUACAAUAAUCACUUCAAAGAAGCACAGACUUUUGCAGAUUACGGCUACCCUUCCGAAACAGGAUGGUCCACUACAGAACACGUUCCUUCAAGACCAUCCACACCUGAGAAAUAUUCAGUGACUCAUGUCUGUGCGCGAUUUGGGCCUGGUGGGCAUCUUAUUAAAGUGCUUCCCAACCUGCCUUCUGAAGGGCAGCCAGCUUUGGUUGAGAUACACAGCAUGGAGACUAUGCUGCAGCAUACUCCGGAACAGGAAGAGAUGAGAUCAUUCCCUGGACCACUAGCUAAAGAUGACACCCAUAAAGUGGAUGUUAUUAAUUUUGCACAGAACAAAGCAACGGAAUGUUUUCGAAAUGAAAAUUUAAUCGAUAAAGAGUCUGCCAGUCUUCUCUGGGAUUUUAUUGUACUCUUGUGCAGACAGAAUGGGACCGUCGUGGGGACAGACAUUGCAGAGCUUCUGUUAAGGGAUCACAAAACCGUGUGGCUUCCCGGGAAAUCUCCCAAUGAAGCAAACCUGAUUGACUUUUCCAAUGAGGCUGUGGAGCAAGCUGAGGAGGAGGAGGCCGGCGAAGCACAGCUCUCGUUUCUCACCGACAGUCUGGUAACCACUACUGAUAGUUUUGAAAAGGAGACUGAGAGAUUCCGAGAGCUCCUGCUUUAUGGCCGGAAGAAGGAUGCAUUGGAGUCUGCUAUGAAGCAUGGCUUAUGGGGUCAUGCUCUAUUACUCGCUAGUAAAAUGGACAACCGAACACACGCAAGAGUGAUGACCAGGUUUGCCAACAGCCUCCCAAUUAAUGAUCCCCUGCAAACUGUUUACCAACUCAUGUCUGGAAGAAUGCCAGCUGCAUCCACAUGCUGUGGAGAUGAGAAAUGGGGAGACUGGAGACCUCACCUUGCUAUGGUUUUAUCCAACCUGAACAAUAAUAUGGAUGUGGAGUCACGGACAAUCGCCACUAUGGGGGAUACUCUUGCUUCGAAAGGCCUCUUGGAUGCUGCACAUUUUUGCUACUUGAUGGCCCAGGUUGGAUUUGGGGUCUAUACAAAGAAAACAACAAAACUCGUCCUAAUUGGAUCAAAUCACAGUUGGCGAUUUCUAAAAUUUGCUUCCAAUGAAGCCAUUCACAGAACUGAAGCUUAUGAAUACGCACAGUCAUUGGGAAGUCAGCCCUGCUUCUUACCAAACUUUCAGGUGUUCAAGUUCAUCUACGCCUGCCGGCUGGCCGAAGCGGGUCUCGCCGCACAAGCCUUUCAUUACUGCGAAGUCAUUUCCAAAACCAUUCUUCAGCAGCCACGCCAGUAUUCACCAGUGCUCAUCAGCCAGCUUAUUCAGGUAGCCUCCCAAUUACGACUCUUCGAUCCUCAGAUAAAAGAGAAACCAGAGCAGGAGUCCUUUAUUGAACCUGCUUGGUUAGUUCAACUUCAGCAUUUGCAAGGACAAAUAAAGGAAGGUGAUAUAAUUUGGAAUCCAGACAGAGGAACCCCUCAGCAGUACCCGAGCACCCCAAGCUCUGAAUUAGAGCAGUAUGACGGCCCAGGACUUGCCCAAGAAAUGGAUGCAGGGACAGACAACCCGUUAUUGGCAUCCCUGUUGCCUAACUUGGAGCCACCUAAUCAGAACGUGCUUCUCAUGCCAUCAGCAGCUCCUCAGACGAUCUUGGAAGGCUCAGCUGGCACGGCCCCCCCUCUGCAGCAAGAAAGCCCGAGCAGCGUGCCAUUCUACCCGGGGCCUCCCUCCAUGAGGCCAGUCCCCGGCUACGGGCCACCUGGCUCUGUUCCGGGGUUUUCGGACCAGUCCGCCGGCGAGCCCGGAGCUGUGUACCCAGGACUCGAUGGGCUACCAGGUGGGCAGUCUAGCCACGCAGCUGAACGGUUGCCAGAGGAAUCCGGGAGCCGGGACCCAGCAACGAGAAGGAUGCCCCAGGAAUCCCCCAUCAGAAGCACUUUCCCGGAUCAGAGAGAAGAUGACUUCAGUGGAAAACUGGCCCCAGGACGAAGAUCGAGAACUACCUCUCAGUCUUCAGUGCACCUGGGCCCAGGAAGAAGGCCCCAGAACGCUGACUCUUUAGGGCACCCUGCAGGGAAGCAGCCUUCUCCUCCUCCAGCAUCAGCUCCCGAUGGAAAGAGGCCUGCCAAGGAGGUCAAAAAAGAUAUCAAAGAGCCCAAAAAGGGUGGUGAAUCUUGGUUCUCUCGCUGGCUUCCAGGGAAAAAAAAGACUGAAGCUUACCUGCCAGAUGAUAAGAACAAAUCAAUUGUUUGGGAUGAAAAGAAGCAGCGCUGGGUGAAUUUGGAUGAACCAGAAGAAGAGAGCAAGCCACCGCCUCCGCCUCCAUCCUUUCCUAAGGUUCCUCAGGCUCUUCCCCCAGGUCCCGGGGGACCUCCCAAUGCAUCUGUUAACAUGUUUUCCAGGAAAGCAGCAGGAAGCCGAGCUCGGUACGUCGACGUCUUAAACCCAAGUGGAACCAAACCAAGCGCGCCCGUCCCUGCUCCUUCGGAUCUGUUUGCCCCACUGGCACCACUUCCUAUCCCUUCAAACCUGUUUGUGCCCACUCCAGAAGAGCAGCCGCCCGUGGAAAGCGGUAGCCUGGAAGGGCAGACCUCGCCGGUUCUCCAAACCAACCCAGAAGCCGCGGCAGGAGCACAGUUGGUGAAUUCCGCAGCAUCACCACCUGGUUGUGAACUCCCUGCUUCCAAUCCGGAUGGAUCCCAGUCAGGAGAGCUUUCGCGCUGUAGUUCAAUGAGUUCAUUAUCACGUGAAGUAAGCCAGCAUUUUAAUCAGCCUGCCUGCAGUUUGCCCCCCUCGGGAGGUCCUCCGGCGGGAACCGUUCCUUUCUACAACCCGUCUCAAUUUGCACAACCUUCUGUUGCCCCGGGAAGUACACGGUUGGGAAGAAUUGGCCAAAGGAAAUAUCCAUCCUUAAAGUAGACCAUCUUCUACUUUGGAUUUGGCAUUUGGAACACUUGAAAUGUUUGCGAUAUUCCGAGAAGUUGGAUUAUGGCACCUGGUAUUGCUACUCUAUCCUGAAAUUGACAAUGCACUAAUUUAAUGCCGGAUUAUCCUUUGGGUUUCCUGUUUUACAGUUCGUGUACGUGGAUUAUAUGCCAGUCAGAAAGGUCUGUUCUGAGGCAAUAGGAGGAAAUGGUUGAUGUCUGUUACACUUUCCAGCGUCUACCUGGCAACCCAAGGCCGUUGCAUAUUUCUCUCCCAAUUCUCCAACCCGGUAAAGCGGUUUAAAGGUCCAAGUGGGGAUAAGGGUUGCCCGAGUUACUAAAGUGCAUUUCCCCUCGCGUAGCAAGAACUUUUCCACCUUCGCCUAACCAUGUGGCCUUACUAGGACCAUGACACAUUUUCAUACGAAAUACUUCGGUUGGGUUUUGUCAAUAGAUGAAGGAUAUUCAGUGAUCAAAAAGGCGCAUCCGUCGGAGGCUAUACCCCUCGUAUAUGCCCGGCAAACAAAUCUUUGGGGCCACAGCUGAUCCAAAUAAAUCAACCAAUGCUAAAUGAAAACUGUGACUGUAAUAAAUCUGACUUGGAUUUUCUCGACUACGUACGUAGUUUGUGUUUAGGGUCAUUGUAAAAGAUUGUAUAGUAUGAAAAGCUCUUUGUAUAAUAGUCAAUGCUGUACUCUUCCGAUGAGUGAAUUUUUUUUUUUUUUUACAGUGCAAUACGGUUAUUUGCUUUUUUUCUCUCAGAUGAUUGGCACGGGAUAAUUAAGGCGGUGACAGAUAGCUUUGAAAGCAGUUGAAAUGAAAAAUAAUUUGUCAGAAGUGCGGGGGUUUAUUUCUGUCGAACUCUUUCCGUAAACGCUAAGGUCUUAAGUAGCUAAUGUAUUGAGUAUCAGCCAUACUAAACCACAAACGUAGACCUCUACCUAGUGGACUUGAAAAGCUUUUAGGCUAAAUAUAGACUAUUCUUAACCGUCCCCACUCUGAAAAGAUGAGAAGAUUUAACUAUUUAUAAAAUUAGUAGGUCAUAUUUGUCUUUAGGUUUUGCUGGAGAAGAUGAGUGAUUUGUUACUUUGAACCUAAGAAUAGAAAACGGUGUCAACGCGGAAGGAUAACCGGCCCUCGGUAUCUGGCUAACGCUCGGAUUCUUCAUGAGGUGGACCCAUUUUAAAUCCCCAAGUAUUCCCCAGAAUUGUACACGAUGGAAUUGAAAUCCAUCCAUCUUUAAGGCUUAAAGAAAGGCCGGUCUUAGAGCGAUUGCAGUCUUCUGUCGAAUGGUCCCCGAUCCAACUUCUGGACUCCAUCCAUCAUCAGCGGUCAGCGUGAUUCCUUUGGUCUUCAAAAACGUGUUUGGGUACUCGGCUUCUUACAGUUCAGCCCCACUGCUGAUUUUCCUUUGUGUAGACUGCCAAACACCUUUUAAUUCAAGAAGGCUUCCUCUGAUCCGGGAGCUGCUAUUUUUUUUUUUCCUAAAAGUGUUAGAUUUGACACUGUAAAUUCUUAAAUAAAAUAUUUUGCGCUCUGGAGCACUUUCAGA